AUGCAACAAACGUGUCGCGUCGGCCAGAGCUGUGGCGAGAACGCUCAGUGCGUCACUUGCGGUCCGGUGUGCGAGCAGAAGUGUGGCCAGCCGACUGUGAGCUGCCCCCGCACCCAGAAUUGCCUGAACAACUACAACAACAACAACAACGGUGGGCAGCAGACUUCGAACAUUCGGCUGCCAGCCACCGGGAAGUGCCAGUGCAACAAUGGUUUCCUGAGGAACACGAAUGGCCAAUGCGUGCGCCAGCAACAGUGCAAUAGAGUCGGAGCGUCCGUGACGACAGCCUCCCCGCUUCGCCGCUGCCAGAACAACACUGCUUCGAGCUGUGGCCAGAACGAGCGCUGCAACCUGUGCGGAAAUGCCUGCGAGCAAAAGUGCGGACAGCAGACAAAGCUUUGCCCUCUCACGUCCACGAUUUGCCGACCGACGACCGGAAGAUCUGCUGGAAUUUGCGAAUGCCAGCCCGGUUUCUCUCGCCACGCCAAUGGGCGCUGCGUGCGUAGCCAGCAGUGUAAUGUGGCCACUGCCGUAACUACAGCUUCUCCGCUUCGCCGUUGCCAGAAUACGACGGCUUCGAGCUGUGGUCAGAAUGAGCGUUGCAACCUCUGCGGAAAUGCCUGUGAGCAGAAGUGUGGACAGCAGACAGUGGCCUGCCCCCAAACGUCUUCAAUCUGCCGGCCGACCACCGGGCGAACUUCUGGAGUCUGCCAGUGCCAGUCCGGUUUCUCCCGCCAUGCCAAUGGACGUUGCGUCCGUAGCCAGCAAUGCAAUGUGGCCACUGCCGUAACUACCGCAUCACCUCUUCGCCGUUGCCAGAAUACGACGGCGUCGAGCUGUGGCCAGAAUGAGCGUUGCAACAUGUGCGGAAAUGCCUGUGAGCAGAAGUGUGGACAGCAGUCAGUGUCGGGUUUCUCCCGCCAUGCCAAUGGACGUUGCGUCCGUAGCCAGCAGUGCAAUGCUAUUCGCAACGGCCGUGACAUCGACGGUCCCUUCGGCUCAAUCGAAAUUGACGUC